AUGGCUUCUCGUUUCGGUUCACGUCCAGCUGGUUCGGAUGGUUCUGAUUUCCAGCAUCGUGAGUGUGUUGUCGAACCAUACAAUCAAAGUCCAUUGUUUAAGAGACGUCUUAGAACGACUUUUACUUUGCACAUCGCUAUAUGGUUGCUGGUCGCUGUCAAGGUUCUUCCUGAAGUUUUGUUCAAAUUUGGUCUUAUUUCACGCGCUAUUAUAAGAAGGUAUGGUCUUCCACCAAACGAACUUUGGGAAUAUGCUUGGCUCUUCGGAAGCAUUCUGCCCGUAAUUUUCGGCCAUUUUGCCUUCCCUAAGAACCGAAUCUAUCUCAUUCGGUUUUCACUCAUUGGUACAAUCGUUUUCGGUUUCGUUCCCAUCAUGAUGGGUUGCUUUUUGCGAGCUUUUGAGCUGAUGGAUUUUUAUUACACCAAAAACUCUCGGCAUGAUUUCUUCAGAUUCCCAUUCGUAGUAAUUCUUUACAUCUUCUUUUCUAUCGCCUUUCAAAUUCACUGUUUUGAACUAUACUUUAGCUACAAGCUCAUGUCUAUGUGGUCGCGACUUUCUAAGAAGAAUGCAUGA